AAUGCGCGAGAUAGCAUGGCAAUUUGCCUAGCAUCAGCCACCGUCGCACAGUUGGCUCUAAACAGCCCGGCUGUCAAGAUGGGUUUCGUGAUUCCGUGUCUGGUGGCCCUAGCGGUUGCCGGUUGCAGUAGCAGUUUCGACAUCCGUGAACCGGAGCAGAAAGAUUGGUAUCAGCAUGCAACGUUCUAUCAAAUCUACCCGCGCUCGUUCAUGGAUAGUGAUGGUGACGGAAUUGGUGAUCUACCGGGCAUCACCGGGAAAAUGAAGUACUUAGCCGAUAUCGGUAUCGAUGCGACCUGGUUGAGUCCACCGUUCAAAUCGCCGCUGAGGGAUUUCGGUUACGACGUGUCUGAUUUCUACGAGAUCCAACCGGAAUAUGGAACGCUGGAUCAGUUCGAUGAGCUGGUGAAGGAAGCACAUGCAAACGGAAUCAAACUGAUGUUGGAUUUCAUUCCGAAUCAUUCGAGUGAUGAACAUGAGUGGUUCGUUAAGUCGGUGGCAAGAGAUGAGAAGUACAAAGACUUUUACGUUUGGCAUAAGGGAGUGCAAAAUCAGCAAACGGGUCAGUAUGAUCCACCGAAUAAUUGGAUCUCGGUAUUUGGUGGACCCGCUUGGAAGUACCAUGAAGGUCGUCAGGAGUACUACCUGCAUCAGUUUACGGACAAGCAGCCGGAUUUGAACUACCGCAACCCUGCGGUGCUGGAAGAGAUGACAAAGAUGUUGUUUUUCUGGUUGGACCGUGGAGUCGAUGGAUUCCGCCUAGAUGCCAUCAAUCAUAUGUUUGAGGAUGCAGAGUUUCGUAAUGAACCUCCAGCUGGUGGUGUGCCGGGAUCUUAUGAUUCGCUGGAUCACAUCUAUACCAAGGAUGUUGAAGAUGUGUAUGGUGUCGUGUAUGGAUGGCGUGACUUGAUGGAUGCCUACUCGAAGGAGCACGGACGGACGAUCAUUCUGAUGACGGAAGCGUAUUCCUCGAUCGAAGGCACGAUGCUGUACUAUGAGAAUGCGAAUCGUACCCGUCAAGGGGCACAUAUGCCGUUCAACUUCCAGUUGAUCUAUGAUUUUAAGAGUGAUCAAAAUGCUGCCGGUUUGAAGUCAUCGAUUGAUUGGUGGAUGAAUCACAUGCCCGCCAGACAUACACCGAGCUGGGUUAGCGGAUCGCAUGAUCAUUCCCGGUUUGCUUCCAGGGUCGGGGAGGACCGUGUGGAUCAGGUGAUGACACUGAUGCAUACCUUGCCGGGAACCAGCAUCACAUACUAUGGUGAAGAAGUUGGCAUGCUGGACUACAAGGAGGCUAAUGUCUACGACAGCCGUGAUCCGAAUCGUACUCCCAUGCAGUGGGAUAAUACAACCAGUGCAGGCUUCAGUACCAACUCUAGCACCUGGUUGAAGGUACACCCAGAUUAUCCCACUCGGAACGUUUACAUACAGCAAAAUACAGAAAAGAACACCUACCAUCACUUCGAUUCCUUGACCAAAUUGCGACGGCACGUAACAAUGCAGAAUGGUGACUAUCUGCAUCGAACCGUCGGAAGCCAUGUUUACGCUUUGCUGAGAGAACUUCGUGGUCAAGAUUCGUUCCUGACCGUUCUCAACAUGGCCGGUGAGAAGUACGAAGCGGAUCUCGGAGACUUUGUGAACCUCCCGGAAAGGAUGAUCGUUGAAGUAGCACAACCCAAGUCUGCGCUGAAAGCUGGUGAUGAGGUUGAAAUCAGCAAACUAACUCUAGGCCCGUACGAUUCAGUUGUACUGAGAGCUGCUUCCUCUGCUACCGUCUUCUCGCUUUCGUUUGCCGCAGCUUUUGCCCUUAUCGUUAAGUACCUUUUAGUGUGAGGGAAUUUGUUGCAC